UUAGCCAAUCAGCGCGAAGAGCCCGCCUUCUGUCAUUUCCCCCCCCCCCCUUCUUCUUCGCCCAGCAUUCCUCCCGUCCCCUUCGGAGUCUUUCACGCACACCUCGCUCCUCGAGGCAGGGUCGCUACUUCGGGAGGACGGCCGUAAAAGCGCCCCGAGAGCGGAUCGCUCUCAGGCUUUGGGGCGGCUGCGGGGGAGGGCCGCAGCGAGGGAUCCUUCUGAUCUUCUUUGCCGGGCUCUUCUCCCUCCCUCUUCCCCAGCAUCUACGAAGAUCCCCUCCUUUCCUUUCCUCCCCGCCAGAGGCCCGGGUGAGCAGGCUGGCAAGCCGGAUCCCCGGAGGAAGCGAUCCCAUCCUCUCGCUCAACGUCCUUCCCCCGAGUGGUCCCGAUCUCUCCCCCUCUCGGGCCCACCGGCUUCAGCCCACCCACCCUCCGGGUCACAGCCUCCCCUCCUCUCCGGGUGCUGAGCGCAGAAAGAUCGCGUGGAAAGGAAAACCGCGCACGUGGGCUGGAGAAGUCAGCUGUUGCUGUAGAUCGUCCGCCACCCCCACCCACCCCCACCUCGCCCCAGCUGUGGAAUGAAGGCUGAACCCUCAGAUGGAUGGACCACUAGCGGAAGGUGAGGGCCGGUCCUGGGAAUCCUUGGGACUGAAUGCUAGACUGAAAAAGGGAGUGGAAAAGAUUCGAGAUAUCAAGCUAGAUUCUUCCUCCUUCCGGGAUAGAUUGUCUGCCAGAGUUCAUGGUAAUGAAGAAAAGCGAUUUCUUAGAGUAAAGACUGAAAAAAAGGAGAAGAAGGAUCUGGAAUUUGAGAUGGAACUUUCUGCAGGUGGAAAACCGCUGGGUCCUGCACCUUCACGAGGUUCCUCAACUCAGAAAGAGAUGAAGGUGGAAUCUGAGGAGCAGAAGGUACAAGAGUUUGAGGUGCAGAAAGUCACCAUCCCAAUAGAGGGUUCGUCUUCCUCUUUGCAUCCAAACACUUGUGGCGUGUGCGGGAAGAGUUUUAGCCGCCGCUCGAACCUGGCCAAGCAUCAGAUCAUCCACACGGGAGAGAAGCCAUACCGUUGCAAUGACUGCGGCCGCAGCUUCAACCAGAGCUCGGCGCUCACCAAGCACCAGCGGACGCACACUGGGGAGCGCCCCUAUGUCUGCGGGGACUGUGGCAAGGCCUUCACAGCUAGUUCCAACCUCCUCCAACAUCGGCGUUUCCAUACCGGGGAACGGCCAUAUCAUUGUGAAUUGUGUGGCAAGGCCUUCUCUCAAAGCUCCAACUACAACCUGCAUCGGCGCGGCCACACAGGAGUUACCCCUUACCAGUGCAGUGUGUGCGGUAAGCGAUUUACCGGGAGCUCAUGCCUUACUCGCCAUCAGCGGACUCACACUGGAGAGAAGCCGUACCAAUGCCAGGAAUGUGGGAAGCGCUUUUCGGGGAGUUCCACGCUGGCUAAUCACCGACGUACCCACACGGGUGAGAAACCCUAUGGUUGUGUUGAGUGUGGCAAGAGAUUCACCCACCAUUCCAAUCUGGUGGACCACUGGCGGGUGCACACGGGGGAAAAGCCCUAUGUGUGCACCGAGUGCGGGAAGAGCUUCCGGCUCAGCUCACACAUCAUUCGCCACCGUCGCACUCACACCAGUGCUCGCAGCCCCAGCAUGAGCCAUGACCUCCUUUGUGAGGUUGACCCGACUUUUGACGAGGGCAGCAUGGAAGUCCACCAUGAUGGAAGUGUUGGGAUCCCGCACAUGACUGGUCUGGAUACUCUGUGUGCUGAUGCCAGUGUUACCAAUGGCAAUACCUCUGAUGAAGAAGACAGUGACCGGCUUCUUAUCUGCGGCCACUGUGGUAAAGGUUUUCACCUGGAGUCUAACCCCCGAAAACCCAACCUGGCUCUGGGGGAAGGGCCUUAUAGUUGUACCGAGUGUGGUAACAGCUGCUGGACCCUGUUUCCCCAAACCCCGCUGCUCCCAGAUAAGGCUUCCUUCCCGCAUUGCCUGAUGGAAGGACAACAUAUAAUGGCCCAGGUCCACAUCCAAGCCGCCUCGUCUAAUUCCGUAGCCGGGGAAGAAUCCAGGCGGUUGCCGAACCCGGUGCGGGUUGCAGCCAGGGAAAGCAUGGCCGGAGGACGUCUGUUGGACAGUCACAGCUUGGAUGGGAUAAGCCAGGUAUACGGGGCAUCCAAGAACCAAGAAGGAAGGAGGGCUACUAUAUCGAGCGCCUUGGAAUUGGAAGGAACAGUGAGCUACGAUGGAGAUCUGACACAUUUUGUGGCCAACAACUUGCAAAUGAAGAUCAAGAUGAGCUCUCGGGGCAGUCUGGAUGAUACAGAGCCCACCUCCUCAUCGAUGUCAUCCCAACACUCUGUCCGAGGCAAAACUGCAGACAUCCCUCCAGUGGAUCCUCAGGUCCUUCGGGAUCUGGAAAGGCUGACCACAGAUGUGGCCCAGAGAGUAGACCAGAUGUUGAGAGCCUUGAACAGCGCCAUCCAGAAUAUGACAGCACUCAGUGUAGGCUACAUCCAGACCUAUCGAGAUGCUGUGGACAGUUUGGGUGAAUCCGUGGACAUGAGCAUCAAAGGGAUGUACACUCUGAUGGCCAGGUGUGAGGAGUUGGAUCGCUCCAUGCAACCUGUUCACAUCCUCGCUAAGCAGAUCCGGGAGAUUAAGAGGACUCUGGAGAUUUUUGAGGCACCUGAAGAGAAGAUGAAAGGGCUGGUGAACAUGUGGGAAUCAAAAGAACAAUCUGAAUCAGAAUUCCUAGGAGCUAACUUGCAGUUUUCCCACAUGGAAAGUGGAAAACAAGCCUAUGUUCUGGACUUCCAGGACUGUAGUGGAAGAGAAACAUUAAGAGGUAUUGAAAUGACACAUGAAAACAAAGAAGAGGAAGCAGAAUCACAGAACAAACAGAAAGAAGACCAACAAAUGCAACAUAGAAACUCCCCAGUGAAAGGAAUAGCAUAUCAUCAGAUGGAAAGCACGCAGCAUGAGGUCUGUAACGGUGAAUCUAUCAUAUCUCUGGAACAGGAAUCUACAGAUAAUUUUUCUGACAACGACAAAAUGCUCAAAGCUACAAUUUGUCCUGACUGUGGGAAGAGCUUUAGUAACAGCUCCCACCUAAUCCGUCACCGUCGCGUCCAUACAGGUGAGAAACCAUACAGAUGCCCCCAUUGUGACAAAAGUUAUCGACAAGACUCUCACUUAGUUCAGCAUAUGCGUUCUCAUACAGGUGAGAAGCCAUACCGGUGCACACAUUGCGGCAAGGGCUUCUCCCAGAGUUCCAAUCUCAUCAUCCACCAGCGGACACAUACAGGCGAACGACCCUUCACCUGUCCAGAGUGUGGGCGGAGCUUCAGCCAUAGUUCUGAUCUCAUUCAGCACAAGCGGAUCCACACCGGGGAGAAGCCUUACGUCUGCUCCAUCUGUGGAAAAUGCUUUUCUCAGAGCUCAAAGGUUACCCAACACAAACGCUUCCAUUCUGGGGAACGUCCAUUUUCCUGUGGGGAGUGUACCAAAACUUUCCGUCUCCGGGCUGAUUUGGUCCGUCACCUCCGCGCUCAUACCGGAGAGCGGCCUUUUGGCUGCCCUGAAUGCGGGAAACAUUUUGCAGAGAGCUCCCAUCUUAUCCGACACCAGCGGAUCCAUAUGAGCGAGCGUCCCUUUCGCUGUCCAGACUGUGGGAAAGGAUUCAAUCAGAGCUCCAACCUCCAGCAGCAUCAGCGGGUACACCGAGGCCAGAAACUCUUCAAAUGUGAUGAGUGUGGGAAAGGUUUUGGCGUAAGCUCUGCACUCUUGCAACACCAGCGAACUCACACCGGUGAACGACCCUACUGCUGUAGCCAGUGUGGGAAGAGUUUCAGUGUCAGCUCCACUUACCAUAUACACCAGCGUAUUCAUGCAGGGCAAAAGCCCUACUCAUGUGGAGACUGUGGGAAAGGCUUUGUGCGUAGUUCUGCUCUCCUUCAGCAUCAAGCAACUCAUACUGGUGAGAAGCCCUUUCGAUGCCCCUAUUGUGGAAGAGGGUUUGGACAGAAAUCAGCACUUUCUCAGCAUCGGCGAGCCCAUGUGAGGAGAGGGGAGACAUUGACUUUGAUGGAAGGUUGGGAAACAGCUGGGAUGGAAGAGGUUGGGGACCAGGGAGUGGGAGGGGAAGCACAUAGCCUGUGGCAGGGGAACGGAAUAGGGAUUAUGGAGCCAGAAUGGCAGGGUGUUGGGGAUGAGGCCACAAGGCAGGAAUGGGAGGAUGACGGGGAUGAGGCCAUGAGGGUGGAGUGGCAGGAUGAUGAUGAAGGUCUGGAGCAACAGUUGCAGGAUGAUGGCAGAGAAAGCAUGAGGCAGACCUGGAAAGAUGGUGUGGAAUCCUCCAUGAGGACAGAGUGGCAGGACGAUGAGGGUGAACAACUGGAACGGGGAUCACAAGGGGAUUGUAUUGAAAGCAUGAGGCUGGAAUGUCAGGAGGAGGAGGAAGAGGAGGAGGAGGAUGACGAUUACAGGAGGGUGGAGGAGAGCUUCCAGGAUGACAAUCUGAGUAUCAGGCUAGAGUGUCAUGAUGAAGAAGAUGGUGAAAGUGUAUUAGAAUACGUACAAGGUGAUAGUAAUUCAAAUAUCAGGGGAAAAGGUCAGGACAAGAUCACAAAGCACGACUGGCAGGAUGAUAGAGGCGAAAGCAUAAGGGAAGAAUGGGAGAAUACUUUAGAUAAUUUAAGGCAGGGAAAAUUGAUUGAGGAACAGGAAUGGCAGGACAGCGAAGAUGAUAGUGAGAAGCACAGUUGGCUAAGAGGUGGGGAGGACAGCUUGGAGAGAACAAGACAAAAGUCAGAGACUGAGUCACUCUGCUGAAGCUGAGGAGCUUAAGGAAUUCAAAUUAUUGACUGGGUUAUAGUUGAAGAGAGUAGAAUGCCUACAACACUCUUAUAAUAGCUCAAACCAGCAAGUCAUCAAAACUUAUCGAGGUCAAACAGCAGAAUCAUACCUUGAUGCAAAGCGGUCGUAUCCUUCUGCAACAAAUAUAGUUGUAUUUAUAUUUGUAGGGUACUCUAUGGUGUCUACUCUCCACUUGAAUAUGUCCCUCACUCCAGUCCCUGCAUGCCUGUGCUACAGAGCGCUGUGUGGUGGCUGCCUUAUGGUCAAGC